AUGCUCAACGCUGGAGAGCAGGAGUGUAUCAUCCCGCUGGUGCUGGCCUGCAUAUGGCUAGCAUUCAAAGUGACCGACUCUAGUGAGAAAUAUUCCCUACGUAUGAGGGACCUCAUCCGGUGUCAUAACAGAUGGGCUUCAGCGGUCCGUCGUGUCAAAAUGCGAAAAGGAGAGGUGGGACAGGUUGGCGGAGUAACCGCUGUGAAUCCACCUGAAGAGGAGAUAAUAGAGAAGAUAUGCGUGAUGGAGGGAGUUCUAUUGAGAAUAUCAAAGUGCCAAUUCGACAACGAUUGGGAUCGGCCUGGACGAGCAUUGGGAACCAUUCUGGCUUCGGCUAUCCCCGUUGGCGUUUCUCCAGAAGUUCGCAAGUCUGUUAUCAGCAAAUCAUAUCAACUCGCGAACUCAUCUUAUUUGUCACCUAAAAUAGUUACACAAAGGAGUGGUGAGCUCAUCGGUGUUGCAUGUGCUUUGUUAUCGUUUCGUUUGCAUGGGGUUACCCCUGUUCAUCAGAUGGACGUUGUGGGAGGAAUGUAUUCAACUUGGUACGAGCCGUUUCUUGCUGAGCCCUGCCGAGCUGAGGAGGUAGAGGAAGUUGCACGCGAAGUGGUGCUAGCAUUCAGGCUCAACGAGAAGACUGCGGAAAUAACAGCAGCUAAUGUGGCAACCCCACCGUCCUCGUCGUUUGUCGAACAACGAUCUGUUCCUCAGAUUGCAAAUAGCUCGCCUCUGUGGUUGAUGAAGAUGGUGUCGGAGCUGCUGUUUUGGCCCACCUUUGCUUGGAAUUAUUUCCUCUACGUGCGGUCGGCUGAUGACUGGUAUUCCGACAUCGCCGACCUCCCCACGGGCGGAAAGCUCCUCCUCGGCCCCGCACCUGUGUUUGCGUCGAUGCGUGAAGCCCUGGUGGAAAAGGCAGGGGUGACAGUAUUUGUUAGCACACUGAACAGGGAGUUUGGAAACUCUUCGGUGGAGUCGCGGUCAUUCCCCAUGAUUGAUUUCGUCUCGCCAGAGUUGCACACUGUGGAAGCCGCUGUCGAUUACAUCGAUGAGCAGCUAGAAGCUGGCAAGUGUGUUUAUGUCCAUUGUAAAGCAGGGAAAGGGAGGUCUGGCACAAUCGUCAUUUGUUGGCUUAUGCAGCAUUUCCGCAUGUCCCCUGAGGACGCUCAGGAGUACUUGAUGAAAGCUAGGCCACAGGUUCUCAAGGUUCUCUACAAACGAGAAGUGGUACGAGAAUACUAUAAGAAGCACGUUGCUGUUAAUAAAUAA